CCACAACAGUAGGACAGCAGGGAGACCGUCUACAGAGACUAAUGAGAGGACAGCCACUCUACAGUCGUAUGCCAUGCGGCUAGUGUAAUAGUUUACAGAAAGUCCGAAAGUGUGACGUCCUAACCGCCAGCGCGCUGCCUAACUGCUCAGGAAAUACUACGGAGUUUUGGAACCAAUUUCGCCAAAGGAGCGACGAGAUUCUGGAAUUACUGGAGUUGUGGACAAGUCCGGGAACUACGUUGAGGCUCAGGAGCAGCUCAUCUUUCGAGGAAGGACAUACUUUUGAACAGCAGGAGUUCAGGAUGGAGAGAGCGUCACUGCUUUUGCCCCUUGUCAUUCUACUGAUGCAAUGUAAGUAAACUUUUGCAUUUAGGCUACUCCAUAUGAUAACGAGUAAUUCGUGUGUAAUGCAUGUUGGGGUUGAUCUGUAUUAUUGGUAUUCUUGAAAAUUAAAUGACCAUUAUCCCUAUUGCAAUUGCUUUUGUCUCUGUAAUGCCAUGUUAGCUGUUUAUGUGUUUAGAAAAAAUAAGCAAUUUUAGAUAGGAAAAUAUUGAUAAAGCACCUAAUAAAAAAAUUAAUGAUGAUUGUGAUCUUACUGUGAACUGUAAGAUCACUAUAUCAUAUUGAUGCUUCUACUCUCACGCACACAAAUAAAGGGGCCAGCACUUGAUUCGGUUGCAAUUGAAUUAACUUUUUACUUAAUCCUCUUCUUUCCUGGAGAAACAUAUGGCCUGUACUAAAGUUUUCCAACGUUGCCGGUCUUUCGUAUACAGUAAAUGCAACAACUCCAUACGUUUCGGCUAACGCCUUCCUCACUGCGUGUGAUGAUAUUGGAAUACAUUCAACUGCAGAAAACAGAUAUGGACCACUAAUGUGGCGUUAAGUUAUUGUUGGAAGCAGGCCAGUCUAAUCGGGAUGUGGGCGACCCAAGGUUGGGCACCGGGUGGGUACCACCAACUUUGAUAACAGCAGGGCCGUCAAAAGUGCAUCCCAAAUGGCACCCUAUUCCCUUUAUAAUGCACUACUUUUUAUCAGGGCACAUAGGGCUCUGGUCAAAAGUAGUGCACUACAAAGGGUGCCAUUUGGGACGUUUCCAUGGUGUCAGUGAGAUGCCAACCAGCCAUGGGAGGGGCUGCAUUCAAGUCUGCCCAACUGUUGAUGUCUGCUGAUUUAUCAUUUGGAACUGUUUGGAAUAGUUUGCAUCAGACUUGAUUGGACUGUGUUCUGUCCUGUAGCUUAGGUGAGGCUUGUUUUGAACGUUGUGGUGCCAUUUCGGAUGCUGACAUUUUGCAAGUGAGCCACUGAGGUGCGUGUGUUAGAGGAGAGGAGACCCCACCUCCAACCCUGACUGGCACAGCUGUUCCUGUCAGAGCAGUACAGGGUUACACAGACACAGAGGGGCUUUGUUCUCCUAGGAGAACACACACACACACACACACACACACAUUCUCUCUGUCUCUCUAGAUCCCUCUCUGUCUGGAAAUUGAUGUGCUCUUAGAUGCUAAUAGAUAUAGAUGCAUACCAUAUAAAAUGCUCCUAGCACAGAUUUAGCGCUCAGUUGUAGCUUAUAAUAAUAGGUAUAUAAUAGGUAACUAUCUGCUGUAUGAACUUGUGUGUAUGUGUCUGUGCUUGUUCGGUUGGUCAUGUGUCAACUUGUGUAGUUUUUGUAGUUUGUGUGUGUGUGUGGGGGGGUGGCUUGCAGGAGAACCAUGUUCGAACCCAGUUGGGUGUUUGUGUGUGUGUCCGGUUUGGGGUCAAUUCCAAUUGAAGUCACUCAAUUCAGGAAGUAUUUGCAUUUAGAAUUUUUGAUAGAAUUAGCAUCUCAUUUUCCAUUUAUUGCAAAGUCAUAAAAAAAAGUCCCUUUUCAAUUCUUUUCAAAUGUCCCUUUGUCAAAUUUUAGUUUUCUUCCUGAAUUUACUGACUUUGAAUUGACCCCAACCCUGGUAGGUCCCAGGUGCAAUAGCUCAUAGGGUUCAGAGAGGGACAGGUCACCAUGCAGCAGACAGACAGAGAAAGUGUGGGCAUCAUGUCAGGGUUGUUAUCACGUCUGUGUUAUCUCAAGGAGACGCUCCUCAAGGUGGCUGCCGUUUGCCACAGCCGACACUGUGACAACAGCUUGUUCAACCCAGGGAUGCUACUGAUGGAUCCUGCUGCUCUGAUAAUAUAGAAUAAAACUAUUGUUAUCUCUCUCGCUCUCUCGUUCUCUCUCCAUCUAUUUCUUCCUAUCUCCCUCCACAUCUCAUCCUCUCUGUCUGUCUGUCUGUCUCUCUCUCUCCCUCUCUCUGUCCAUCCAGCCAGGGAGAGACAAUGCUCCUCAGAGAGCGAGAAAGAGGGAGUGAUGAGGCACACACACUCCCCACACAGCUGCAGCGAUAACAGUGUUACACAUACUCACAAAGUAACACAGACAGCAAGCAGGGAGGGACAAAAUACACGAGGCUGCACUUUUACCGCCUACUGUACUCAAACAUCCGAAGGACAACGUGAAUAGGCAACAUGAGCCUGCAGUUUGAAUUCGCACUCUGCCACUGAUAAUGUGUAGGCCUAAGUAGAUCUAAUUGCCUAAAUACUCAUAACUAGGAUUCACACAUAGUUUUUCCGUUUAUUUUCUGUGAAUCGACUGGAUUGAAAUGGAAUUGACCGCAGCCCUUAGUAUGCUUCAUUGUUUGCUUCAUUGUUUUUCAGCGAGCAAGUUGUUUACAUUUUGUUUCCCAACUUUUGCUCUGCUUUCAUGGCCAUUUAAGAGGCCAUCCCUGAGAGGACCUGUAAAUCCAUUAUCACUUCCUGUGCCUCUCCAAUGCCUUUGUCUCACUUUGGCCUCCAUUCUUUCCCUCCAUUCUUCCACGUAGAUCCGGUUUGCGUCUCAAAAUGGCACCCUAUUCCCUAUAUAGUGUACGACUUUUGACCAGGGCCCAUAGGGACGCAGACCUGCCCUUCAGUGGGGGAAAGUAGGAGAACAGGAGGAUUGGUUAGGACCUUUCCUCUGCUCCCUCCCCACCCCUUGGUCCACUAAUAGAACCACAGGAAGUAGUGCAACAAACAGAAGCUAAACUAAACAGGAAGCUAGCUAACUGCUAACAGAGAAUGGCUCAUUUGGUUGAUGACCUCAGUUAAGUACAGUGUAGACCAGUGAUUCCCAAUCAGGGGUACUUGGGGGUACUUGGCCUAUCCAAGGGGGUACUUGAUCAGACUCAUGAUACCAUAGGCUUACUGGUAAAAUGCACAUGAGGGGGUACUUCAGGGGUACUCCGGGAAGAGCAAAAUUCAGUUUGUGGUACAGUGACCAAAAAAGGUUGGGAACCACUGGUGGUUUAGGUCUUUUGAUGUGACAUUUACCAGUACUGGGCCAUUUACAUUUUUAGUCAUUUAGCAGACGCUCUUAUCCAGAGCGACUUACAGUUAGUGAGUGCAUACAUUUUUCAUACUGGCCCCCUGUGGGAAUCGAACCCACAACCCUGGCGUUGCAAGCACCAUGCUCUACCAAUUGAGCUACAGGAGGCCAUGAUAGAUAGACUUGUGCUUUGCUGGCCAGCAAUUGUCAGUAUUUAGUUAAUUGAGCAGAAUAUAGCAUUAGUAGGCUAUGCAGAUGGGAGGGGUUGAAUGUAGCUGAAGGGUGGGACUAAUAACAAGAUAACAAAUGUAAAAUAUACUGUGUCUGUCAAAUGUAUAUAGGUUCAGAACUUUUGUAAAACAGCAGUUAAAAAUAUAUGGCAAAUUGAAAUCAAACUGGAUGGACAUCAGAAAUAGAUGGAGAGGUUGAGGGUAGAGGAAGGACAGAACUAAAAACAAACAAAAUAUAACUAUUGUAAAAUAGAUUGUGUCUGUAAAAUGUAUAUAAACUCAGCAAAAAAAUAAACGUCCCUGAACAAAGGGGGUGUCAAAAUCAAAAGUAACAGUCAGUAUCUGGUGUGGCCACCAACUGCAGUGCAUCUCCUCCUCAUGGACAGCACCAGAUUUGCCAGUUCUUGCUGUGAGAUGUUACCCCACUCUUCCACCAAGGCACCUGCAAGUUCCCGGACAUUUCUGGGGGGAAUGACCCUAGCCCUCACCCUCCGAUCCAACAGGUCCCAGACGUGCUCAAUGGGAUUGAGAUCCGGGCUCUUCGCUGGCCAUGGCAGAACACUGACAUUCCUGUCUUGCAGGAAAUCAUGCACAGAACGAGCAGUAUGGCUGGUGGCAUUGACAUGCUGGAGGGUCAUGUCAGGAUGAGCCUGCAGGAAGGGUACCACAUGAGGGAGGAGGAUGUCUUCCCUGUAACGCACAGCAUUGAGAUUGCCUGCAAUGACAACAAGCUCAGUCCGAUGAUGCUGUGACAUCGCCCCAGACCAUGACGGACCCUCCACCUCCAACUCGAUCCCGCUCCAGAGUACAGGCCUCGGUGUAACGCUCAUUCCUUCAUUAAUUGUUUAUGGUUCACUGAACAAGCAUGGGAAACAGUGUUUAAACCCUUUACAAUGAAGAUCUGUGAAGUUAUUUGGAUUUUUACAAAUUAUCUUUGAAAGACAGGGUCCUGAAAAAGGGACGUUUCUUUUUUUUAUUAUGUAUAAGCUGGAAGUAGAAGCUUAAGUGAUGUUGUUCAUUAGUUUACUCCAAUUAGGGGAGGGGUGGUAGGGUUAGCGGAAAAUAAUAAAGGAAAAUAUAUUUUAAAAAGAUUAUAUAUAUAUAUAUAUAUAUAUAUAUUACAUACACACACACUACCAGUCAAAAGUUUCGACACCUACCUACUCAUUCAAGGGUUUUUGUGAGGACAGAUGCUGGGAGACAGGAAGUGAACAUUUAAUGGAAAAAACAGACAGGAACAAAACACGUCUGGACAGGGGAAACGAAACAUCAACGCUGACACUGGGAUCAAACAGAGGAACAGACAGAAAUAGGGGAGGUAAUUAACAAAGGGAAGGAGUCCAAUGAGCGCUGAUGCGUGUAACGAUGGUGACAGGUGUGCGUAAUGAAUGGCAGCCUAGCGCCUUCGAGCGCCAGGGAGGGGGAGCGGGAGCAGGCGUGACAGUACCCCCCCCCCCCCCCUCGUAGGGAUGCCACCCGGUGUCCCACCUGGGCGAGCCAGACGGGCUGGCCGAGGCAUGGGAACCGGCCAAGGCGCGGGAACCUGUCAAGCCUGAAGGGCCGGCCGAGGCGUGGAAGCCUGAAGGGCCGGCCGAGGCGUGGAAGCCUGAAGGGCCGGCCGAGGCGUGGAAGCCUGAAGAGCCGGCCGAGGCGUGGAAGCCUGACGAGCCGGCCGAGGCGUGGAAGCCUGACGAGCCGGCUGAGGCGUGGAAGCCUGACGAGCCGGCUGAGGCGUAACAAUGGUGACAGGUGUGCGUAAUGAUGGGCAGACUGGCACCUUCGGGCGCCAGGGAGGGGGAGCGGGAACAGGCGUGACAUAUCUUUCUUUAUUUUGACUAUUUUUUACAUUGUAGAAUAAUAGUGAAGACAUCAACACUAUGAAAUAACACAUAUGUAAUCAUGUAGUAACCAAAAAAGUGUUAAACAAAUCAAAAUAUAUUUUCUAUUUCAGAUUCUUCAAAUAGCCACCAUUUGCCUUGAUGACAGCUUUGCCUCAAGUCCAUAUUAUGGGCAAGAACAGCUGAAAUAAGCAAAGAGAAAUGACAGUCCAUCAUUACUUUAAGACAUGAAGGUCAGUCAAUAUGGAACGUUUCAAGAACUUUGAAAGUUUCUUCAAGUGCAGUCACAAAAAACAUCAAGCGCUAUGAUGAAACUGGCUCUCAUGAGGACCGCCUCAGGAAUGGAAGACCCAGAGUUACCUCUGCUGCUGAUGAUAAGUUCAUUAGAGUUACCAGCCUCAGAAAUUGCAGCCCAAAUAAAUGCUUCACAGAGUUCAAGUGACAGACACAUCUCAACAUCAACUGUUCAGAGGGGACUGUGUGAAUCAGGCCUUCAUGGUCAAAUUGCUGCAAAGAAACCACUACUAAAGGACACCAAUAAGAAGAAGAGACCUGCUUGGGCCAAGAAACACGAGCAAUGGAUAUUAGACCGGUGGAAAUGUAUCCUUUGGUCUGGAGUCCAAAUUUGAGAUUUUUGGUUCCAACCGCUGUGUCUUUGUGAGACGCGGUGUGGUGAAUGGAUGAUCUCCGCAUGUGUAGUUCCCACCAUAAAGCAUGGAGGAGGAGGUGUUAUGGUGUGGGGGUGCUUUGCUGGUGACACUGUCUGUGAUUUAUUUAGAAUCCAAGGCACACUUAACCAGCAUUCUGCUGCGAUAUGCCAUCCCAUCUGGUUUGGGCUUAGUGGGACUAUCAUUUGUUUUUCAACAGGACAAUGAACCAACACACCUCCAGGCUGUGUAAUGGCUAUUUUACCAAUAAGUGAUUGAGUGCUGCAUCAGAUGACCUGGCCUCCACAAUCCCCCGACCUCAACCCAAUUGAGAUGGUUUGGGAUGAGUCGGACGGCAGAGUGAAGGAAAAUCAGCCAACAAGUGCUCAGCAUAUGUGGGAACUCCUUCAAGACUGUUGGAAAAGCAUUCCAGGUGAAGCUGGUUGAGAGAAUGCCAAGAGUGUGCAAAGCUGUCAUCAAGGCAAAGGGUGGCUAAUUGAAGAAUCGCAAAUAUAAAAUAAAUUUUUAUUUGUUUAACACUUUUUGGGUUACUACAUGAUUCCAUAUGUGUUAUUUCAUAGUUUUGAUGUCUUCACUAUUAUUAUACAAUGUAGAAAAUAGUAAAAAUAAAUAAAACCCUUGAAUGAGUAUGUGUCCAAACUUCUGACUGGUACUGUACAUAUGUAUGUAUGUAUGUAUGUAUGUAUGUAUGUAUGUAUGUAUGUAUGUAUGUAUGUAUGUAUGUAUGUAUGUGUGUAUGUAUGGAUAUAUAUAUACAUAUAUAUAUACAGUAUGUGGGUAUGUAUGUGUAUAUACACUACUGUUCAAAAGUUUGGGGUCACUUAGAAAUGUCCUUGUUUUUGAAAUAAAAUUUUAAAAAAUUGUCCAUUAAAAUAACAUCAAAUACAGUGUAGACAUUGUUAAUGUUGUAAAUGGCUAUUGUAGCAGGAAACGGCAGACUUUUAAUAGAAUAUAUACAUAGGCGUACAGAGGCCCAUUAUCAGCAACCAUCAGUCCUGUGUUCCAAUGGCACGUUGUGUUUGCUAAUCCAAGUUUAUCAUUUUAAAAGGCUAAUUGAUCAUUAGAAAACCCUUUUGCAAUUAUGUUAGCAUAGCUGAAAACUGUUGUGCUGAUUAAAGAAACAAUAAAACUGGCCUACUUGAGAUUGGUUGAGUAUCUGGAGCAUCAGCAAUUGUGGGUUCGAUUACAGGCUCAAAAUGGCCAGAAACAAAAUACUUUCUUCUGAAACUCGUCAGUCUAUUCUUGUUCUGAGAAAUGAAGGCUAUUCCAUGCGAGAAAUUGCCAAGAAACUGAAGAUCUCGUACAACGCUGUGUACUAUUCCCUUCACAGAACAGCGCAAACUGGCUCUAACCAGAAUAGAAAGAGGAGUGGGAGGUCCUGGUGCACAACUGAGCAAGAGGACAAAUACAUUAGAGUGUCUAGUUUGAGAAACAGGCGCCUCACAGGUCCUCAACUGGCAGCUUCAUUAAAUAGUACCCGCAAAACACCAGUCUCAACGUCAACAAUGAAGAGGCGACUCCGGGAUGCUGACCUUCUAGGCAGAGUUGCAAAGAAAAAGCCAUAUCUCAGACUGCCCAUCUUAAUCUUUUCUUUUUAUUGGCCAGUCUGAGAUAUGGAUUUUUCUUUGCAACUCUGCCUAGGUCAUCCCUUCCGUUUCUUGGCAAUUUCUCGAAUGGAAUAGUUUGUUUCUGGCCAUUUUGAGCCUGUAAUCGAACCCACAAUUGCUGAUGCUCCAGAUACUCAACUAGUCUCAAGAAGGCCAGUUUUAUUGCUUCUUUAAUCAGCACAACAGUUUUCAGCUGUGCUAACAUAAUUGCAAAAGGGUUUUCUAAUGAUCAAUUAGCCUUUUAAAAUGAUAAACUUGGAUUAGCAAACACAACGUGCCAUUGGAACACAGGGCUGAUGUUUGCUGAUAAUGGGCCUCUGUACGCCUAUGUAGAUAUUCCAUAAACAAUCAGCCGUUUCCAGCUACAAUAGCCAUUUACAACAUGAACAAUGUCUACACUGUAUUUCUGAUCAAUUUGAUGUUAUUUUAAUGGACAAAGAAUUUGCUUUUCUUUUGAAAACAAGGACAUUUCUAAGUGACCCCAAACUUUUGAACGGUAGUGUAUAUUUACAACAAAUAUUUACGGGGGAUUGGAAAUGAUGCAGACAAUUACAUUGAUGGAAGCUACAAUCUAGCUGCAAUAUUAAAUCUGAUCUACCCCCCCCCAAAAAAAAUAAUCUUUAUUCGUAUAAAUAAAACGGAUUUAUUGAAUUCUCCAUGUGGUACAGGAAAAAACAACAAUUUAAUCAAUUUUAGAAUAAGGCUGUAAUAUAACAAAAUGUGGAAAAAGUCAAGGGGUCUGAAUACUUUCCGAAUGCUCUUCAUUUAAUAUAACAGGCUUUUAAAAUUCAAUAUUGAUGCACAAUUUCUACUUAAAAUACCAAAAGGGAUGCAAAAGGCAGUCUUUUCAUGGAACGACCCGCAUAUUAAGUGUGCGUGUGUGUAGUACAUAACAUUACUGUACCAAACACGCUCCUCCCUCGAUGGACGGGUGUUACCCGGGCAACCUGUGGUCAGCAACAGGAUGACAAAACUAUAAUCCUGACCUCAUCAACCAACAGGAAGGGCUGCUCCUAUUUCCUAUUCCUGUCAAGAUGCACAAGUUCAACUGGCAGACACAGAGGCACACAGACACAGAGGCACACAGAGACACAGUCAGCCAGCCAACCAACCAAUCAUCCAUGCUCCACUUCCAAUCUGGUCCAGAGGAAAAACUGGUUCAUAAAAGCUGUAAUUGGUUCAUACAACAUUUACAACUGGUUCAUCAUAACUGAAUAUAACUGGUUUAUAACAGAUUAUAACUAGUUCAUAACUGAUUAUAACUGCCGUAUAGCUGAUUUUAUAACUGAGUUAACUUGUUCAUAACUGGUCCUCCAUCUUACAACCCUUUCCCCCAACCCCAUACGUGGCACCUCUCUCUCUCUCUCUCUCUCCAUCCCUCAGGCCUUCCCAUUGUCCCUGUUACCGUGUCAACAACCACACCCAAGGUGGAGGUCCGUGAGAACUCUGAUGCGGUUCUGAGCUGUGAUUUUCGGACAGAGAAGGAACAGAAUCCUCGAAUCGAGUGGAAGAAGAAAGGAACAGAUGUAUCAUUUGUUUACUAUGAGGGACACUUCAGAGGUGAUUGGCUGUCCUGGCACAUUGUCUUCCAUCGCUGUCUUUCUCUUUCUGUCUCUUUUAACCCCUGUCCAGAGCCCAUCUCCAGACUCCGAUUUCAUUUACUCUCCUCACAUGAGGGAAAUUCAUUUUAAGAGCUUCAUCAACAUAAAGCAGAAUGUGAUGAACAUUACAAAGACAUUUGAAUGAGAAGUUACCAGAGGAUUGAUGGUAGUUUAAGUAUAAAACUUUUCCUUAAGAAACUAAAUAUCCAUCCCCCCCCCACCCCCCUUCUCUGUGUUGACCGGUUUCCCCUCUCCCAGGUGACUUUGCGGGGCGUGCAAGGAUCAAGGGGGCGACGGUGACCCUACAGAGGGUGACCCAGAAAGAUGCGGGCGAGUACCGCUGUGAGAUCAGUGCCCCUCACGACACCAUCACCCUGGGGGAGACUAACAUCACCCUCAAAGUCUUGGGUGGGUACCACACCAUCUGUCUGAUUGGCUGACUGAGAGGGUCUGACUGACUGUGUGUCUGUGUGUUGUCUCAGACAUGCUGUUUGUGCACCCCCUUAACCCUGCUGACAUUGUGGCUGUACCCUCCCCACAGUGCCCCCCCACACCCCAUCCUGUGAGAUCCCCAGCUCAGCCCUGACGGGUUCUGUGGUGCAGCUGCGCUGUAGGGACCAGCAGAGCAUCCCCCCAGCCACCUACUCCUGGUACAAAGAUGACAAGCCGCUGACCCCCUCCCGUAUGGCCAACGCCACCUACCACCUUAACCCAGUUACGGGCAUACUGGUGAGAUACUUUUUAAGAACAGUGUAUAUGCAGUCAUACCAUUGAUGCUUUGGCACGAUUUACUCAAUGUAUGUGCCAGUAAAGCAAUAUGAAUUUGAAUUUGAGAGAACGAGGGCCCAGCCACACACACACUGACUGUGUGUUACAUAGGAGCCACACUAGGGCGUCAAGAAAAUAGUCUUUUUUUUUUAACCUGCUACACUGGAAGUGUAACUUUUGGCCAGCGAGAGCAAUGUGCGAGCUUCUUUAUCCUAUUUGAGCUGAAAAUGGAACCAAAGUGUAACUUCACCUACAGCUCACUUAUGCCCAAGUUUCAUUGAGAUUAAUAGGAGCGCCUCACGCUCCGUAUACUGUUAGAUAUGCAUCCGGUGUAGCAGGCCUCCAAUACAGACUCCAAUACAUGGAAGUAUAACCAACCACUAGCACAGUAUAUGUUAAUAUAAACUUCAGUACGACACUCAAACCUUAGCUACAGUUCAGACCAACAGUGGCUACCUACAGGUCACUUCCCUUUGGUCAGACAUCAACCCAUAUAGACCCUUAGUUCGGAAGCACACUGGUAAACUCUAGACCAAUUGCCAAAAAUACUGUACAGGUUCUGUGCAUCAUAUCCUCUUCCUCUCUCUUUUUCUUUCUGUUGAUCCCUCCAUCUGUCUCUUUCCCUCUCCUCUGGAAGGAGUUUAAGAUGGUGGCGAGAGGCGACGCGGGACAGUACAGCUGUCUGGCAUCAAACGAAGUGGGGCCGCCCAAGAUGUGUGAGGCUAAACACAUGAAGAUAGGUGGGUGUGCAUGCAUGCAAGUGUGUGUGUUAUUAUAAGAAUGAUCAAAUCAAAUCAAAUGUUAUUUGUCACAUGCGCCGAAUACCACAGGUGUAGACCUUACAGUGAAAUGCUUACUUACAAGCCCUUAACCAACAAUGCAGUUAUAAGAAAAAUAAGUGUUAAGUAAAAUAUAGAUAAGUAAAAAUACAGGGGGUACCGGUACAGAGUCAAUGUGUGGGGGCACAGGUUAGUCGAGGUAAUUUGUACAUGUAGGUAGAGUUAAAGUGACUAUGCAUAGAUAAUAAACAGAGAGUAGCAGCAGCGUAAAAGAGGGGGUGGGGGAACAAUGCAAAUAGUCCGGGUAGCCAUUUGAUUAACUGUUUAGUAGUCUUAUGGCUUGGGGGUAGAAGCUGUUAAGAAGCCUUUUUGGACCUAGACUUGGCGCUCCAGUACCGCUAGCCAUGAUUGUUGUUCAUAUGAGUGUAGUUUUGUCUUUCCACAAACUACCGUGACUCUCGUGUUUCAGAUAUGUUUUAUUGUGAAGUGUAGGUAUAUAGGCAUACAACUGUACAAUUGGUAUUCUAAGCUUCUUUUUUACAUACAAGAAAACAUUAGAACAAAUGGAUACAACAAAAACAGUAAUGAAAAAACCUGAAGAAUCAAAAAGAAAAAGAAAAAAGAAAAGACCUCUUGAAUAUCCCUAAAAGCCGUGGCUUUUGUGGAGCAAUAGGUAACGAUGCUUCAGGUCCAAGAUAUUGUGGAUACUGGCUUGAGGGUUGGUUACAUAGAGGAGAAUGUCAUCUGCAUAUAGAGAAAUGUUAUUUGAUGUGUCGUUAGUAUUGUAACCAACUAGCGUGACUCUCAACCUCUCUCGCUCCCUCCACUCUCUCUUUCAGAGGAUGUAAACAUGGCAGGGGUCGUUGCUGCGGUCGUGGUCAUCUGUCUGGUCAUCGCCAUUUGUGGCUUCGGGGGGUACUAUGCACACCGUAAUGGCUACUUCAGCAGUGAGUCUGUCUGUCCCUCUCUCUGUCUUUCCAUGUACAUACAAUAUGUAUCUGUCUGCCCGUUUGUCUGUCUGACUGUCUGUCUGUCUGACUGUCUGUCUGUCUGUCUGUCUGUCAGUAAAUACAAUUUGCAAGUGAAAGUUUUUGUACUCACUUCCUCUUACUUUCUGUCUCCACUCUCCUCCUCUCCCCCCAUCCUCCCUCCAAUUUCAAUCCAUCUCCAGGACACAGAGGAAGGUAAGAGCUUGUGUCUCCUUAAAGCCAUUCAGAAUUAUUAAAAUAUAGUGAACACACCCUGACACUGAAUACAUCUACAUUGCUGUGUAACUACCACGGACUAAUAGAGGUGUGUGCGUGUUAAUGUGCUGAGUAAGGUCAGUAGAGAGUGAUAGGUGUGUGUGAUUGAGCCCAGCGGUGCAAGCCUGUCUCUUCUCGCAGAGAGAAACACUAACAGGUGAUUUGUGACCCAGUUAAAAAAAACUAGGUUUGUUAUUUUGACUGACUGACUCUAGAUUAGGCCAGUUAGAUGACUAAGAAUACUAUCAUGAUUAUUUUAAAUGAAUUACAAAUAAUAACAAUAAUUAAUCAUCCUUUAUCUAGGGAAGUCAUAUUGUGAUUUACAUCUCUUUUUCAAGUGAACCCUGGCUGCUUAUAAACUCCCCUCCCGGCUGAAUUGUGAUUAGCUUACCUGCUCCGUGUGGUCGUGUUGUUAGUAACCCUGAGCAUGGUGUGUGAACCUCAUCACCCCCUCACUCAACUUUGACCCCCCCCCAGGUCCUUUUGGAUCCCUCAGUGUCACGGUGUGGCCCACAUCAGCAGCCAAAACCUCCACAGAACAGAAGACAAGUGAGUCUUACCCACAGACAGACAGAGUAAUAGAUUUAAAAGUAGACAAUUGAACAAUUGACAAUGAACAGGACUUUACAUAGAAGCACACACUGUGUUUGUGUGCGCUUGCGCGUGUGUGCCCAGGAGUCCUUUACAGAAAAGGUUGCCCUUUCAGCUCCCUAGGACCGUGUCCUGUGCUGUGUUAGAUGUAGUGGUGUUCUUUGAUAGUGGCCAAUGUUUUUACUGCGACCACAGCUGCAUCACAUUUAUGAAACUCUCUCCCUCCACUGUGUCAAACAAUCUAGUAUCUUUAUAAAUGCCUCUGUCUUCCAGGACGAAUGCCAACUACAGCCCUCCGCCCCAAGAUGUGAGUAAUUUUCUCUGAUUUUGUCUGUUGGUGUAUUCAUGGAUGGGUAUUAUAUUCACAGGAAAUGUUGACUUGAGCAUUACCGCUUACACAUUACUUUGAGCACAUAACAUUUUCUAGAUUGAUUCUAGAUAACAUUUUAUAACCAUAUUAAAAGACAAUAUGAUAAUUACUGGUAGAAUUAUCUUGGUGGUAGUAGUAGUAGUAGUAAGUAAAAUUCUCCAAAUGUUACUAAUAAUGGAGAGAAAAAGAGCUGAACUGCAGUAGUUCUGACCGAAUGAAAAUAUGCUACUGUUCUUCUCUCUCAGCCUGUGAACUUCAAACACACCCAGUCCUUCAUGCUGUGAGGACCUCGACAACCCCUAAAAGAAACCACACACACCAGCAUCAUGGCAAGACUGGAGUAGUUUUAUUCGAUCCAAAUGAAUAGCAAGGAGGCACAGACAACUUAGCGUAGAGGCCCUGUAUUCCUCCUGUUUUGCUGUACUUGGGCCCUCAAUGCGAGCCUAUUAUAUUAGUCACAUGGCACUCUAUUCCCCCUCUGGUGGCCAAGUUGUUAAAAAUGACAUCCCACACAAAUGCUCACUUACCCCUCAACUGGCCAAAACAUGAACUACCUAAAUCUUAUUUUAUACCAAAGACUUGAACAUGGCAUCUGAGUGUAAUAUACUGUAAAUAUUUUCUGAUGGCUUUUGGCUAAGCAUAGAUUUUUAUUUAACUAGGCAAGUCA